UCAUUUUCAAUUCGGGAGCAAUCAUUGUUUGAAGAUAGCCUUGACCAUUAUAAAUUGAUUAAGUUUACUUUGCGAUAAAUCUGAUUGAAAUGCAACUUAUUUACUUGUUUAGUAGCUUAGAAUAUGUAAAAGAAUAUGUAUUUACAGUGAGUGUGCUUAAAAACCGAUUUCAAGUCAAGGUAAAUCUUAUUAUGAUCCCCGCUCUGUGUUUCAAAACAAAAUAGUGCUUAGAAAUAACAUGUCUGUAGGUUAUAUAAUACUGUAUUCAAAAUGCAUGACACAUUAUAUUUGAUGACCAUACAAAAUUUAUGCAUUUGAAUUAGCCUAUGUCCUAUCAGAAACGUUUUGCGUUUCAUUUCAAGCAACAUUCGCCUACGAAUAAUGAGGGAUUUACCACGAUCAUGUGACAUAACAAAAUGGCGACUUCCACUCCGGAUAAACGUCAAGUAGACCCAGAUUAUGCUGAAGCUGAAGGAAGUGACAGUGAGGAGUCGGAGGAAGAUUCUGAACCCAAGCUAAAGUAUGAGAGGAUCGGGAACGACUUAAAGAACAAACUGCUGUCUAAGGACUGUGUCAGCUGUCUGGCUGUCCACCCCAAGUUCUUGGCUGUGGGGACCCACUGGGGUAUGAUCCAUAUAUUUGAUCAUGCUGGAAAUGCAGUGAGAGACAAAGAAAUAGCAGCACACACCACCACUGUGAACCAGCUGAGCAUCGAUGAUAACGGUGAUCAUGUAGCCAGCUGUUCGGAUGACGGCAGGGUGAUGAUUUCUGGACUAUACUCUGCAGACAACAAUCAGAGCAUUAACUUUGACCGACCGGUGAAGGCCGUUGCCAUAGAUCCCAAGUUUGGUAAAUAUGGAAGUGGGAAGAACUUUGUGACAGGAGAUGACAAGCUGAUUCUGAAUGAGAAAGGAGGACUCUUUAACAGACAUAAGACGGUAUUACUCCACCAGGGGGAGGGCCUGAUCCGCGAGAUCAAGUGGAAAGGGGACUUCAUCGCAUGGACAAAUGAUCAUGGAGUGAAGAUCUUUGACAUGAGCUCCAGGAGCCGGAUUACAUUUAUCAGCAAGGAUCACAACUAUCGACCAGACCAGUACCAGUGCAGCAUGUGUUGGAAAGACAGUCACACCCUUCUCCUAGCAUGGGCAGACAAAGUGAAAGUGUGUGUUGUUAAGGACAGAGAGGAUCGCGAUGCCAGGGACCUACCUCAGCGAUACGUAGAAAUCACCGCCAUGUUUACAUUGGACUCGUUCGCUUGCGGUAUUUCCCCUCUGAAUAACAGCCUGGUUAUUCUGACGUUCGAGAAGGAUGGUCAGGGGGAGGGAAACAGACAAGUCUCCAAACGCCCUCACCUUCUCAUCGUAGAGCCCCACAUGGAUUACUUUGAGGAAAUCUCUAAUGAUGCGCUAUCAGUCCGAGGCUUUCAGGAGUAUAAACCCAGGGACUAUCACUUAGAACUACUAAUCUCAGUAACAUAUUUUUCAGAGACCAUUACUGACGAGAAUUUGUUUUACAUCGUAAGUCCGAAAGAUAUAAUUAUUUCGAAAGAACGAGACACGGAUGACCACAUUGCAUGGUUACUGGAGCGUGAAGAUUUUGAGGAAGCCAUGGAUAUUGUGGAGAAGAACCAACAUCUCCUAAGAAAACACUCGCAAAAGGAUGUUGCCAAGCAGUAUCUGGAGUUUUUGUUGGAAAAUGACAAUUUUGUUGAAGCAGCCAGACAGUGCUCAAGGAUUCUGGGUAAAAACAAGGAAUUGUGGGAAGAGGAAAUUUGGAAAUUUCACAGUCACAAACAAUUAAAGGUUUUAGCACCAUAUAUACCCCAGAAUGAACCCAGACUUUCUCCAGCGAUUUAUGAACUUGUGCUUUAUGACUUCCUGAACACGGACUGUGAGAAAUUCCUUUCUGUUGUAAAAGAAUGGCCCUCUGACCUGUACAAUGUACAAACUGUGAUCACCGCCACGCUGGAUCGACUGGACCGUGAACGGAACAACACCACACUGCUGAGGGCACUAGGAGAGCUGUACACACUGGAGAAACAGUAUGAGAAGAGUCUUGCAAUCUAUUUAAAGUACUACUCCAUCGCUAAACCCAAGGACAGACUAGGAAACACAGAUGUAUUUAAACUGAUCCACAAGUACAGUCUUUUCUCGUCCAUCAGCGACAAAAUCGUACAGUUGAUGGAGUUUGACGGAGACCAGGCGGCCCAACUCCUGAUUGACAAUAUGGACAAACUUCCUAUUGAACAAGUAGUCAAACAGCUGGAAAACAAUGAGAAGUUUCUAUUCACAUAUUUAGACAAAGUUUGCCAGAAGGACCAACAGCUCUGUCAGGCAUACCAUGGACAACUCGUGAAGCUCUACGCAGAAUUCGCUCCAAAGAAGUUACUUCCCUUUCUGAAGAGCAGCAUUCACUAUCCCCUACAACGAGCCAUGGACGAGUGUCAGAUUAGAAGACUUGUUCCUGAGCAAGUCUAUUUACUGGGUCGAAUGGGAGAUUUAAAGAAAGCCUUGACCUUGAUAACAACAGAGUUGAAGGACGUUAAUCAGGCCAUCGAAUUCUGUAAGGACAAGAAUGAUGAGGAACUGUGGGCUGAUCUAAUCAAGUUCAGCAUAGAUAAGCCAACUUUCAUUAAGGGACUCCUACACAACAUUGGGACGCACGUGGAUCCUAUUAGACUAAUCCCUCAAAUCAAGGUUGGAAUGAAAAUCCCAGGAUUAAGGGAUUCUCUCGUUAAAAUCCUCCAAGACUACAACCUCCAGAUGUCACUGAGAGAGGGGUGUAGAAAAAUUCUGGUGGCUGACAGUUUUAAUCUGCUGGACAGACUGGUGAAAACCCAGAGGAGGGGCAUCUCAAUGGACAGUAGCCAAGUGUGUCCCAUAUGUCAACAACACAUCAUUGUGACAGAUUUGAGAUAUGCCAGCAAUGUUGUGCUAUUCUACUGCAGACAUGCAUUCCAUGAGGACUGCCUACCAACACAUUCCAUGGAACGCUGCACCAUAUGUAGUACACAGAGAAGAGGACCAGGGUCGAAAGGCAUGGUUAAAUAGUGAUGGGUGUGGCUUAAUAAAUGUAUAUAUUCAAAAGGGAAAAGUCGUGGCAAAAUCCAGUGAGGGUGUGGUCUGACCAGGAUUUCAUCAUGGCAUAUUUUUACAAAUCUAGAAGAAAAAAAAAACUUGUUGCAAUUUUUCCUAUGAAUGACAUAUGCAACAAGGCAUGCCAGGAAUACAUUAUUUGCAGUCUGUAAGAAAGUUUACCUCAAUCUCAGUUUUUGUAUUUUUGAUGGGAUUUAUGAGAUUGAUCACUGUUCAUUACCUUCGCUUUUUCAAUCCCAUAGAUUCUCACGACUGGAACACGUGUACAUGAACUGUAUAGAAAUCAUUCAUUUGUCCACAUCUCCAGAUGCUUCUACUGGACACGCAGAUUGCUUUUGACUUGUUCAUACAAUUGUUAGAUAGUUGUUCAUACAAUUAUUAGAUACACUUGUUCAUACAAUUAUUAGAUACACUAGUUCAUACAAUUGUUAGAUACACUUGUUCAUACAAUUGUUAGAUACACUUGUUCAUACAAUU